AUCCCGAGCUGAAGUUCGUUGUUCCAAUUGCAGAAGUGCAAACACUGCAGCCUUGAUACUGCCCUGUACUGCAAUAAUGCAUGCAUGCUCAAAAUAAUGAUCAAAAUUGUUGAGAGUAUCUGUGCAAUUAUUACAUUAACACUGAAUUCAAUUAUCAGCCUAAUUACUUUCAUGUGAUGCAGCAGAAUGGCGAUGUUUGUUCUGCUCUCAGCUGAAUUCACUAUUUUCCUGUUAGUCAUUAUACUGCGUGACUGCAAUGCCGAUUUACCAACGUGUAGGCAACUCAGUGAGUGUGCUUGCGCCCUGAAUGAUGGCCGAGAGGUUAAUAUAUCUCGCCUGGGUGUGCCAGGAUUUCCAAAAUUUAAUUACCAAAAAAGUGGAAAUUAUUAUUACACCUACAACCCAUGUUACAACUUCAAGGACAACUACUGCGGGACGGAAUGCAUAGCGUGUCAACACAAUGACGCCGGUACUACUAGCUUUCCACUGGGAACGGCUGGAAGUGCCGAGUGGAGUCAAGAUGGAGGUUAUUACAGCAUUCAUUACAGAGACGGUGCAGGCGGCAGGUCAACAGUAGUGGAACUUGAAUGCGACGCAUCUGCACAGGAACCCAGGCUGGAUGUUAUCGGAGAAUCUGGGUCGUCAAAAUUAUACUAUUUUCGGAUGACAACCGAGUGUGCGUGUCCAGGUAGAUGUGGACAAACAGCCCCGCAAAGUGGAGGAUUGAGUGCUGGAGGUGUCAUGUGUAUCAUCUUUUCUGUGCUGGUUGUGGUAUACUUUAUUGGAGGCGUACUCUUCAUGAAGUUUGUACGAGGCGCAGGAGGAAUGGAGCUCGUACCGAACUCUGGUUUUUGGAAAGAGUUACCAGGAUAUAUCAAGGAUGGCGUCAUGUUCGUUAUUAGCUGCGGCAAGCGAGCAUCGUAUAAAUCCAUGUCAUGAGUAAGAAACGUCUACUGCCAAGACUGGUGUUCAGAGUGAAUUUUUAAUAUUCGUUUACAGAGUGGCAUAAUUAAUUAAUAAACGGAGCAAAUUAAAAAUACCCGAUUGAAAUGAUUUAUUAUUAAACAGUUUAAAAUUCGCAUUGUCCUGCGAAGUUAUAUUAUAAAAUUAUGUUUUGAUGUUUGAGUUCAGGACUUAUAACCAGAGGAGGAUCCAGGAAUA